AUGAGAAGAUAUCCGCCCGUUUUCCAUCCCUACGAGAACGGCCAAUUCGAAUCAAGCCGAGGAACCUCCUCCUCCCACGCAAUCGAAGCCCUCUUCGAAUUCUCCAUCCGCGAAUCCGACUACCGCAAUGCCCGAGACUACUGGCACGCAUGCAUGGGCCUCGUCCAAGCCGGACGCUAUCGCCUCUACUGGCCACCAGACUCCCCCGGCCACACCAGGAACGAGAUCGUCUCCGUCAAAAUCAGCGGCAGAACCCCAGCCGGAGCACGUACCCGGGUCGCGAUCGACACCGUGAUGGAGAAACUGCGGUACUAUGUCCUGGGUGAAGAUGCCCUUCAGACAUCGCGACGAAAUCGAGCGGAGGAGGGCAGGGACCAGAGACGUCGCCAGGAUAGAUAUCGGCAGGGGUAUUCGCCGUCGUCAGGGCCUUAUGAGUCGCCCAGGGGGUCGUAUCAGGGUUCGCCGCAUGCGCAUCCGGGGCCGCCGGGGUGGCAAAGAGGAUCUCAUCGAUCGGGGGGGUCUGGGGGAUCGCGUGGGCAUUCUCAGUGGUGA